GGUUUGGGACCAAUAUGCAAUAUACUAAAAGAACGAAAACACAAAAAACUGCGUUCUUAUAAAUAUUAUAGUAUUGUCUUUUGUAACUCUUAUUGCUUCAUCCCAAAGUUAAAACCCCCUUUUCUUCUUACAAUUCCAAACCAUGAAUCUCUCUAUGCUCUCUCUUUUCAUGUCUUUCACGAACCGUUUCAACAGCAGCAAUGCAAAAGUCAAAGCCAAAACCAGCAAAUCCUCAAAAACCUCACAAAAGAACCUUCAAAUGGUGCCAUCAACCAUGGGAGAAACAUGGGCCACAAUAAGCUCAACCAUAGCCAGCAUCAUGUUUGCAUGGGCCAUUGUUUGCCAGUACUCCCCACACGAAGUCCGCCACUUAAUCGAAAAUUUCAAGAGAAGUAUCAAAGAAUAUCUCAACCCUUACAUCCAAAUUUCAAUCCAUGAAUUCACUGGGGACAGAAUGAAACGUAGUGAAGGUUACAACUUGGUUGAAGCAUACUUGAGCUGUAACACUUCCCGUAGUGCUAAGAGACUUAGAGCUGACCUGGAGACCGAUGGAGAGAGCUUGGUUUUGAGUAUGGAUGACUAUGAGAAGAUCACAGAUGAGUUUCAAGGUGUUGAAGUUUGGUGGGGUUUGGGAAAAAUUGCUCACUCUUCAAGGUCGAAUUAUGCUGAGCAGGGGAAGAGGUAUUACAAGCUCAUUUUUCACAGAAGGCAUAGAGAGUUGGUGACCAAGUCUUAUUUGGAUCAUGUUAUGAAGCAAGGGAAGGAAAUUAAAACCAGGAAUAGGCAGAGGAGGCUUUAUACUAAUUGUGCUAAUUCUAUUAAGAUGUCAAGUGGUAUGUGGAGUCACAUAGUGUUUGAUCACAAGGCGAGUUUCGAAACGAUGGCUUUGGAUUAUGCUAAGAAGAAAGAGAUUGUUGAGGACUUGCAGGCUUUUAGUAUGAACAAGGAGUUUUAUGAGAGAGCUGGGAAGGCUUGGAAGAGAGGGUACUUGCUUUAUGGCCCCCCGGGGACAGGGAAAUCGACCAUGAUUGCUGCAAUGGCAAAUUUGCUUAACUAUGAUGUGUAUGAUCUGGAACUGACUGCAGUGAAGGACAACACAGAUCUUAGGAGGCUUUUGAUUGAGACUACUAGUAAGUCUAUAAUUGUUAUAGAGGAUAUUGAUUGCUCUCUUGAUCUAACUGGACAGAGGAAGGAGAAGAAGGAGAAGGUAGAGAAAUCUUGUUUGGAAGAUGAGAAAGUGGAAGAGAAAGAGAAAGAGCAAGAGAAAGAGAAAAGGAAAGAGAAGGAAAGGCCUAAAAGCCAUAAGAAGCCACAAGAGGAAGGAAACAAUGGCAGAGUUACUCUCUCUGGUCUUCUGAAUUUCAUAGAUGGGAUUUGGUCUUCUUGUGGGACUGAGAGGUUGAUAGUGUUUACUACAAAUCAUAUAGAAAAGUUGGACCCUGCUUUGAUAAGAAGGGGUAGAAUGGACAUGCAUAUUGAGCUUUCUUAUUGCAGCUUUGAAGGGUUCAAAGUUCUUGCCAAGAAUUAUUUGAGCCUUGAAAACCAUCAAAUGUUUGAUAGAAUUGAGAGUUUGAUUGGGGAAACUAAGAUGACUCCAGCUGAUGUUGCUGAGAAUCUCAUGCCGAAAUGGCCACAGGAUGAUCCGGAGAAAUAUCUUUUAAACUUGAUUAAGGCUCUUGAGAAAACUAAGGAAGCAGCAGCUAAGAAGAAAUCUAACAAGUCAAAAGUGAUUGAGCCAGCUCAGACAGAGGAAGUUUUGUCUCAAGAUAGUUUAGACAUUGGAAAAAUUGAAUGAGCUUAACAAAUCAUAGCUGUUAAGUGAAUGGAAUAUGUAGUAGAGAGUUCAAUAUAAAAUAAUCUCUGAUAGCCAGAGUUCCUAUUUCAUAGUUAAUGUAAUGACUUUCAUUUCAUCUCAAAUGUACUACUUGAAAAAUUGGUCUUAUUUCCAAUGCUGGAAAACUGCAGUAUCCUACUUUAGAAGUGGUCUAUUGGUACAUUUCAAUUGCAAUUCAAGAAUGAAUAUUUGAUGCCAUACCUUGUCAA